GUUUUGGGUGGGGUGGUUAUGCACUUGGAAAGUAAGUUCGGGUAUACGAAUAACUCUCCUAUACCCGAUUAUUGUUUGAUGGACAUGGCUUGGUUAGGCCAUUCGGGAUGCACAGCUUUUUCUCACACGUUCUAUGGUGGUGACCAACCAAAGAACAUGUAUAACUGGCUCAUACACCCCAACCCUAUCAAACAUUUCCUCAUGCCUAGCCCAGAGCUUCCCAAACUACUCUACAAAUUAGAGGGAGAGGUGCCCCAUUACCUAUUCCCACACGCCCUUCCACCACAUCUCCAAGAAUCGGAACAAGAGCCACUCCAAUACCAACCCGAGUACGAGCCUUAUGCCGGACCCCAUGGUCAUGAAGACAUGGACGCAGACAUCCCCGAGCAACCUCAAAACCCUCCACCACCCAACUUCUUCCAAAAACUUUUGGAGGGUCAACAACAACUACUUGCGGGGUACAACCAAAUGAACACAAACUACAUGGCCAUGGGAGAACGGCUCAACCAAGUGCAGGAGGAACAAAGGGCAGGUUUUCAACGGAUGGAGGAGCUCCGGGAAGCCGACAAGCAUCGGUAUGAAGAGGAUCAACGUAGGCUCUACGGACCUAUGUACUCUUACAUCGCCCAUCAAGGAUCCUUUCAGACUAUGGUGAGCCCCCCUCCACCACCCUCGUGGUAUGACCCCACUCAUUGGGGUAACUUUGGAGGAUCUAGCUCCGGAGGUGGAGGGUAUGAUGGAGGAGAUGGCGGGGAUGGUGGCACCGGUGGCGGAUUUGAUAGCAGUUUUAGGGGCGGUUUCAGAGGCAACUUCUAUGGCGGAGAAGGCGGGCACUAGGGACAGUGCUUGGACUAAGUAUGGGGGAGAGACUCCUCAUGACACUCAUUUGAUCUCUUUGGAGAAUAAGAAGAUUCAAGAAGAAGUAGAAGAGAGGAGAAGAACAGAAGAUGAGCACUAGAAGGCCAUAAAAACUCAAGAUGAUAUUUGUAUGUUGUGCUUAAAAACUCAUGUUUUAUCCUUGGUGGUCUUAUGUUUUUAUCUUGUUAAAAUUGUUGAAACUGUGAAAAACUUGACACUUAUGAACAUUUAACUUUACUCGAGGACGAGUGCAGAAACUAAGUGUGGGGG